CAGCCUCUCGCCCCAUUGGCUCUUUCUUUCCCCACUAGAUUGAAGCGAUCUUCUUGAAUCUUUUACUAUUUACUCCGUAAUACGGUACAGCUCGUCUGCCCCUUGAGGAAAACAUUUAAAUCCCAGAAAAAAAAGAAAAAGGUUUCUUCUUUAUUUAGUUAAUCCCGCUUUUUCAUGGCAGACGAGGCUCAAUAAGUAGUGGGUUUUGUCAGUUUUAUUAGUGACUCAUCUCAGAGCUGAGUUUUUGGAGGGUUAUGGUAGUCUGGGUUUAACUAGGGUUUAAGCGUGUGAUUAGUGAGAGUAUAUAAACAGUUCUUGCAUAAAGCACUAGUCUUUGGAAAACUACUUCUCGUUAUGUAUAAAACACAGAUCCCUAUGAAAUGAUACUCAUCAGCAUUGCUGCCUGAAACUCAUUCUCUUUGUUUAGUUCAAAGGGACCUUUUUUAUAGAGAGAGAGAGUCUUUGCAUUUUUAUUUUUUUUGAGAAAAGAGUCUUUGCAUAGAUAGAAGAGAAGGGUUUUGUUAUUUUCUUGUCUUAUUUUAGAUGAUUGUGUUGAAGGUGAAGAUGAAAAUGGAGUUUCUAUGUAUUUUCCUGCUGGAAUGAUUGUCAAUGAUUGAGGUUUCUUGAGGCACAGGAAACACUACUUCUUGGAACGCAAGAAAAAGUAGGGCCAAGAAGGGGAGAUUCAGAAGGGGGAAAAAUGAAGUCCAUGAAUGAUCAUAACAGCUGCGGUGGUAAUAAUAAUAAUGCUAAUAACAACAGUCAGUUGUUGGGCUUCUCCCUCUCACCCACCAUGAAAAUGGAUGCUUACACUGCCACUUCUGCUCCUACAAGCUUCUAUCAUUCCCUUUCCCCCCUCCACUCUUCUGGUCUCUGUUAUUCUGUUGGGGAAAUCGGUGCCUUUCAUUCUCCCUUGUCUGCUAUGCCUCUCAAAUCUGAUGGCUCUCUUUGCAUCAUGGAAGCUUUCUCAAGAUCCCAGACUCGUAGUAUGGUGCCAAAUUCUAGUCCUAAGCUGGAGGACUUCUUGGGAGGUGCAACAAUGGGGGAUGGUCAGUAUGGUAGCCAUGAGAGGGAAGCUGGGAUUCUUAGCUUGGACAGCAUAUAUUAUACCCCCCAGGAUGUUGAACAAGAAGCUGCAAGGCAGAGGUCUUUGGGCUUUCAUCAAGAGCCACAAAAUCACCAUUCUUACUACUCUAACCUGCAAUGCCAUGGUUUUUACCAGCAACCACUGGAGGGAGAGCCUAAGCAAAGCCACCAGCUUGAUUGUGGCUCACAGAUAGCUCAAAUGCCAGGAAAUGAGCUCAAAAACUGGGCUUCUGUUGAACUCUUUGGACAGCAAGCUCCUGAGCAACAACAGAUAGCCACCACUGCCCUGGGGUGUAAUGAGUUGCAGCCUUUGAGUCUUUCCAUGAGUCCUGGCUCUCAGUCCAGCUGUGUUACUGCUGCUAGGCAAAUUUCUCCCACUGAUUUGGAAUGUGUAGCCAUGGACUGCAAGAAAAGGGCCUCUGGGAAAGUGGCAACAAAACAACCCACCCACAGAAAAUCCUUAGACACCUUUGGUCAAAGAACCUCUCAGUAUAGAGGUGUAACAAGACAUAGGUGGACAGGUAGGUAUGAGGCCCAUCUUUGGGAUAACAGUUGCAAGAAGGAAGGGCAGACUAGGAAAGGGAGGCAAGUGUACUUGGGAGGUUAUGACAUGGAAGAGAAAGCUGCAAGGGCAUAUGACCUUGCUGCUCUCAAGUAUUGGGGGCCUUCAACCCACAUUAACUUUCCACUGGAAAACUACCAGAAAGAGCUCGAAGAAAUGAAGAACAUGACACGCCAGGAAUAUGUUGCCCAUCUGAGAAGGAAAAGUAGUGGAUUCUCUAGGGGUGCUUCAAUAUAUCGAGGAGUGACAAGGCACCAUCAACAUGGACGCUGGCAGGCGCGAAUAGGCCGAGUUGCAGGAAACAAGGACCUUUAUCUCGGGACAUUCAGCACCCAAGAAGAAGCUGCAGAAGCUUAUGACAUUGCUGCAAUAAAAUUCCGUGGCAUUAGUGCUGUCACAAACUUUGACAUUUCGAGAUAUGAUGUGGACAAAAUCUUGGCGAGCAAUUCUCCGGCGGCCGGAGAAUUAUCCCGGCGAAACAAAGAGGCCGCCGUGGAGUAUAAUCAGGAAAAUAACAGUACUGGGGCUGUUUCCGACUGGAAAAUGGCAUUGUAUCAGAGCACAGAUCAGCCGCAACAAGAACAACAGAAUGCAUCUUUUGGAUCAAAUCAUCAAAAACCCAUCUUCUCAAUGGCGGCGCAGAAUCUGAUAGGGAUGGAUUCAUCAAUAAUCCCCUCGGUUCAGACCCAUUUGAUCUCCAACCCAUCUUCCCAAAUCAGCAGCCUGAGCAACUCCAGAGAAGCCAGCCCGGACAAAACCGGCUUGUCGUCGGAAACCAAAUUCUUGAUUCCUACGACAAACAACGUUAACGCCGCCGCCGCCGCCAUUUCAUCGUCUCGGUCGCCUAUCCCACUGUCCAUGGCUCACCUUCCACUGUUCGCCGCCUGGAAUCACUCUUAAAACUUCCCAUACUUUCAGUUAACACGUGGAAGACUGAAAACCUAGGAAUUUACGUACUACAAUCACGAAUCACGACCUAGAUUGUCUGUAACUUAGUUUUGGAUUCUGGGGUAUACUGCCAUUUAGAUUCUGCAAUGAAAUUAAAUGAAAAUUUUUUUUUUAGUCUUUUCUACAAA